UCCAAAACACAAAACCACUCAAUACACGGAGUAGUGUGUAGUUAUGUAAAAAGUAUUGACAAGAUCAGUGAAAUUAGCAACAUAUUGAGUUCAAAAAAGUUGUGUCAGGCAACUCCAGAUGAGGACUGUGAACGUUAACAUGGCUCUACGCACCCGGGCUGGGAAAAAUGGCACGGUGAUUCUGCAACUGCCCGGGGGAGACGAGACCAAGGUGAAGCCGGUUCUCUCCGCGAGGAAAAAUGGCGUUGUGAACGGCAGGGUGGGAGUGGUUCUGAAUGGAUCGGCCAACGGUCAUUGCUCCCCGGUUAGCAAUGGUCAUGCUGUUGGACAUCAUUCCGCAGAGAAACCAGCCACUUCUGCUUAUGAGAGGGCCAAGAAGCUUUCCCAUCAAGUUCCCAACGAGAAGACUCCCAUCCUUAUGGUGAUUAUCACACUCUACAACUACAUAGCCUUGACGGUGAUAGGUUACAUCAAGGAAUACCUCAGGAAGUUCCGUCUUAUCAAGACCCCAGGGGCCCUGGAAUCAAUCAAAAUGAAGGAUUUUGUGCCGCUCUUUCAGGACUUUGAUAGUUUUUACAUUCGCAAUAUUUAUCGUAAAUUAAGAGAUUUGUUUGAGAACCCCAUCUGUAGUGUUCCUGGUGCCGAACUGGAAAUCAUGGAGAGAACAUCACCAGACUUCAACUGGACAUAUGUUAUGACGGGGAGGAGUAAAAGAUCCAUCAACCUUGGCUCCUACAACUACCUAGGGUUUGCUGAGAACUCAGGCUCUCGAAACGAAAUGGUAGAAAAAGCUGCAAGGUACUAUGGGAAUGGAGUGUGCAGUACAAGGCAGGAAUUAGGCAAUACAGAUAAAAUAAUGGAAUUGGAGAGAUUAACGGCUAGUUUUCUGGGAGUGGAGUCUGCCAUUACAUUUAGCAUGGGCUUUGCCACCAAUUCUCUCAACAUUCCUGCCUUAGUUACAGAGGGUUGUCUGGUCAUUAGUGAUAAAUUAAACCACUCCUCCCUCGUUCUCGGCAUCAGAUUAUCUGGUGCCUCUGUCAAGGUGUUUGAACACAAUGAUCCUGACGACCUGGAGAAGGUCUUGCGAGAUGCCAUUUCUUCAGGGCGACCAAGGACCCAUCAACCCUGGAAAAAAAUCCUUGUAGUCGUGGAGGGUAUUUACAGCAUGGAAGGGUCCAUUGUUCGCCUACCCCAGAUUGUGGCACUCAAAAAGAAGUAUAAGUUUUACCUGUACGUUGACGAGGCUCAUAGCAUUGGGGCUCUUGGCCCGAGGGGGAAGGGGGUGACCGACUUCUACGGCAUCGACCCCAAAGAUAUUGACAUCCUCAUGGGGACAUUCACAAAGAGCUUUGGUGCUUGUGGUGGCUACAUUGGUGGCCGGAGGGAGCUUGUUGAGCACAUCAGGAAGCAUUCUCACAGCACUGCUUACGGUAACUCUCUCCCAGCACCCAUCGUCCAGCAGAUCAUCUCGUCUAUGACAGCCAUCAUGGGAGAAGAUGGUACUAGUACCGGUAUCAGUCGCAUCCGACAGUUGGCUUGGAAUACAAAAUACAUGCGCCAUCGACUCAGGGAUAUGAAGUUUAUAGUUAUAGGCCAUGACCAAUCUCCAGUUAUUCCAGUCAUGAUGUACAUGCCUACCAGAGUUGGUGCUUUUAAUCGGAUGUGUCGAGCUAGAGGAGUAGGAACGGUUGCCGUUGGUUUCCCUGCUACACCGAUCAUCGAAGCAAGAAUUAGAAUCUGUCUUUCAGCCGCACACACAAAGGAGAUGCUUGAUAAGGCAUUAGAAGUCAUGAGCGACAUCGGAGAAGACCUCCUGUUGAAACAAUCUCACCGGCCACGACCCCAACCCCUAACCGAGGAAGAAUUGAGAGAGCCGACAAUACAAUGGUGAGGAAGCAACCCAAGCCCACCCGUCUAAUCCCCGCCUUCAGUCGAUCUUCUCUUAGAAUUCAAAAGUGUGCAGUGUAGUGACAAUCCUAGUAACAGUGACAAUACAAGUAACAGGAAUAGACCUUAUUCACAUGAUGUCAAUUGAGUAGUUUUAAAGGCGGUUGUUCAUUGGCCAAUCCUGUGUGCUGUGUUUACAUCUAAGCGUUUCGUUUCCAUUGUUUCAUACAUCGUGUAAAAGCUGUGUUCGCAAAUGGUUAACUUUUUGCUGCAAAUUUUUAAGUUACAUAUAUUAAGUCCAAGUGCAAACAGCUGGUUACUUACUUGGGUGUUAAAUUUCGAGUCACGGUAAUUGAACAAUGUUAACUUUAUUCAUGGACUAGAAGUCCAAUGCAAACACACCAUAAGAUGGCAGCUGGAUGUCGUCAAUGCAUAAGGUCUAAGUUAUCUGGUUAUAGGUACAAAUAACAGGACAAUGACAGGAAACGGGAGUAGAUUGGUAUUCAGGAGUUUUGCAGCAGCAGAUAGUCGACUCAAAACUAAGAAGGUCAUUCAAACAGUUUGGACGGAUUUCAUCACAUUGGUUUUGAGUUUAAUGUGGUCCCACAAUCAAAAAGAAGCAUUCGUUUUCUAAGAAAAAAACAGUUAUUUGCAGAUUUUUAUUUAUUUUUCAAAAUCUAUGCCCUUUUUCUUUCACCGCCCUUUUGAUCUGUACAGUCUGCUGACAAUUUGCAAUAAAUGACUUUAUAGCCGAGGAUUAUAUAACUAUAGGAAAUGACUAUGCACAGAAGUUGACCAAUGUUGUACCAGCAAGUAUUCACCUAUUGUUACGUGCAUUAUGAGGUCAAAUUAUAUUGGUACUGGGGUUGGGUUGGCCACUUAAGAAAAAUAUCUUUCAAAAGGAUUCUCAUUGUAAAGAUUGGAAAGGUGGUAAUAAUCCAGUGAAAUUAUUUGGUCUAAAGAGUUCCCCUAAUGAUUAGAAAUCAAUAGGUAUGUCGGAAUACUUUAAUCUUUAAGACUCGCAGCAGGCGACAUUUUAACAUUUCUGUGGUGUUGGCUUUAAUGCUGUCUUCAAUAGGGUCAGAGAUGUGGUUGGUACCCACCAUCACCCCUCACUAGGCUUGGAUGGAUUAGACAUUUGUGAUGAAAAAAAAAUCCAGGACAGUUUUUGCUGUUUUUCCAACAAGUAGAUACUAUUCAACUGAAACGUUCAUAGAGACUUAAGGCAGGGUCACACUGCAGCGAUAACAUAAACUAUAACGAUCACGAGGCAAAGAGAACACAUUCUAUUCGUUGAAAUGCUCCGCGCAGAAUAUGCCAAUCAAGGGGCGUGCAUUGAAGGUUCUCGUUUUCGUUCUCAAAUUUAGGCUAGUGUGACCGCGCCUUAAUACUGUGUCUUUCCUGAUGAUUUUGCUUGUAAAUCAGCAUUACGUUGGGGAAAAAAAACACGACCCUACCUUUGAAAAGUGUAUGUAAAUGUUUGUAUUGUAAUUUGAGAUACGUGUAUGAGGUGUUUAACAUAAACUCAUCAGUGGGGAGUGCCUUUCCGUUUAUUGACAAAUCAAACUGAACGUGCCUUGACAACGGCAUCUCACAGGGACCAGCUGCAAGUAAAACAAAUUUCAGGCGUCAUUUGACACGCUUGAUUAAAACGACCGUGGACUAUAGAUGGGUUGCAAUUCAUCAUGGCCUUUUUAAUGUGCCUCUUAAAGUUUUAUGUUGUUUUCAAAUAAUGUACAAUUUUUUUUUGCAUAAUUGUAGUUGCUUCAUGGUGUACUGCCUAGGUGGUACGUUGUGUAUUAUAUAUAUUUUUCUUUUUUUUGCAUUUUCUUUAUUUAUUUAUUACUCUAUAUAAAUCCUGAUUUUGUGGUCUGGGUACAGUUCCAUUCAUGCAUACUUCACAAGCGCUUGAUGGUAAAUUUAGGGCAUUAUGGAGAUGUUUUACAUCCAAGAAAAUGCGAGAAAAGGGCAUUCAAAAUAUCAGAUUUAAGCUUAUGUUUUUCAGCUUUCAUUCAUGCAUUCUAUUUUGUGUAUUUGUAAACCAUAAUAUCUAUUUUAAAAAAAUCAAAGGGCAGAAUUUGCAAAUUUCAUGAACCCAGUGCUGCACGGCCAAACAUAUAUUUUUUAAACAGAAACCUAUUAAUAGUUCUCUUAUAUUACAUGAUUUCGUGAUGAUAUUUAAAUACCCAAAUAUUUUUGAAAUGGUAUUUUGAUCAGUAAAUUUCUACAGUAUAAAUUAAAUCAGGGAAGGAUAUUCACAAUUUUCUACAUGGUUUGAUUACUAAGUUUUGGAAAGAAUUGUAAUAAGUACUAUCCUGUUUCAAAUCAAAAUACCUUUGAUUUCCAUACACCUUGAAUAUGCCGGGUAAACCUUUCCUAUCUUUCAUAAAACCUACUUUUUGCUUUCAUCAUCUCCAAAGCUUUAACAAAAUGUUUCUUUGUCAAUGUGUCUUCUUAGUUUAAUUUUUUGCUUCACUGGUGUGCCUUGCAUACUUGAACAUUUCUGUUUGCUGUCUUUUUUUUCUGUUAAACCUUUUCCUCGAGAAAAUUCACCUUCUUUCCUUCAAUCUCAUGAGAUUGAUUUUUGUUUUCAAUGCGAGUGAUUUGUAAUAUAUGUUUGUUAGGCCAUGUCCAAAAUGCACUGUCAGGAUCAUUCAAUCUCAGGUGUUGUUAUCUUCUGUUACCCAACGAUUUUUUGUGAUUUGGUUUUAUAUAUAUACAUGUAUAUAGUUUUCGGGGGCUCUAGAAACAAAUUAACUAUAGAAAUACAUAAAACUUCCUCACCUAAUAUAAACUCUUCCCAGACCACUUUCAAUUUUUUCAGUUUAUUUUUACUUUUCUUCCCCGAUCGUUCCAUCCCUCUGCAACUUGUUCUGCUUUUGUUCGGUGAGGACUAAAGAAAUGGACAUCUGCAGUUGUUGUUGAAUAAUAUCGAAUAAUUUCUGUUAUUGUAGUACUGUAAAAUCAUGUGUGUAAAUUAAACAAAGAAUACUAUUCAGCAUACUUUUUGAUUACUUUUUUAAUAAACAAGUUAAUCAAGUUAAUUUAAUAAAAAACUUUUCUUUUGCUAUAGUAAUUUUGAGAAACAAUUUUUUUAAUAGUCAUAUAACUUAAUGAUUCAUGAUAAUUAUCUGUGACUUUGUACAUAUUUUUCUAUGCAUUUAUGUAAGAUAUAUAUUUAAUUUUUACAUAUGGUGAUUGAUGUUUUCAGAGAUUAUAACGAUGAAUAUGUUGCAGUACUGGUUAGUUUAUAUAGUAAACUAUAUGUAUAAUUAAUUCAGCUGAGUUAUAGUCAGUAAUCAAAGAGCGUUAAAGUUUGUUAUGUGUUUGUAGUAUAUUUGAACAUUUCUGGCAAAGGGCAAAUGACAUUUUUUUUUUUCAAGUAGAAGUUCUCCUGAAAGUUAAAUCAACCGAUGGAUAUUUGUGCUCUUACAUCUUUCAUCCUCACUCCUUACACUUGCUGUGCCUUUAACCAUAGCGUAGCCUUAAAAUUUGGACAAUUACAGAUGGUUCUUAAACAUAAAUUGAAUGGCUUCAAUGGGUGAACGCUGUAUAGUUUGUGCUUGUCUGUGAAUUCAGUGUUAUCCUUAAAAGUUGGUUAACACAUUUGUUUAUAUAAAUUAUACGCAACACAACUACUAAUCAUUUCUAUUUUUUCAAACUUAAUCAACUCACAUUUACUUCUGAUGAUAACUAUUCCACAAUUUUCUUGUCUCUUAUUUUGCCUUUUGCUUAACAAUCGCCAAGCAGCAGCUUGUGCACUCUUAGAAUGACUAAUAUGAGUUGUUCUUUAGCUACAAAUUAUUUGCCUUUUUGGUCAAACAAACUAUAUUCUGUUAACACUUAUUUCUUGGUUGAUUUGAUUUAAAACUUUUGAAUGAGGAUCUGUUUUCAGUCCAUGUGCCUAGACUGGUGCAAUGAUGAUGUUACCCUCUACAUAAGAACAGCAUGUAGACAUGCACAGGGAACAAGACAAAGGGGCGUUUUGAUUCUUAAGUCAGUCUCCCUUGUUAUUGCUUGAAUAAUUGAUGCACUUGUGCCAUGAGUUUUUAUAUAUAUAUUUUCUAUAUUUCGAAUAGUAUAGAAUAUAGUAUAAUGAUUAAAGUUAAGAGUUAGCAGUAUACCCUGGACAUACAAGCUGAGCGCGGGCAAAUUUCAUCAAGCUGUGGAGCCAAUAGGUUUUACAAAUUGUUAUCGAGCGAAAUGAGCAUAAUUUAUCUAUUGUUACAGAAAGGUAAACGAGUUUGACAUAUUGAGUAAAACUCAAUACAAAUUGUGUGGGUGUGGGUUCACACUACGGACUUGAUCCAAACAAAACAAUGGCAAUGGGAGACUUUCUGGGACGAUAGAGGGCAGCAGACUUACCGGGUAAAUCCAUUGUUCUCAGAAUUAUGCGC